AAUGAGUCAGCCACCGGAACUAAAUGAUGAGCAAGUUGCCGAAUACAAGGAGGCCUUCGCUCUCUUCGAUAAAAGCAAUUCGGGCAUGAUUAGCACUCGGGAGCUGGGCAAUCUGAUGCGUUCACUGGGCCAGAGUCCCACCGAAGCGGAACUCAGGGAUCUGGUCAAUGAGGUUGAUACCGCUGGCAAUGGAGAGAUUGAUUUUGCCGCGUUUUGCACCCUGAUGAGCAAACAAUCGCACGAGAAUGAUACCGACGAGGAGCUGCGCGAGGCUUUCAAGAUCUUUGACAAGGACGAGGAUGGUUUCAUAUCGCCGGCCGAACUGCGCUUUGUCAUGAUCAAUCUGGGCGAGAAGCUGACCGACGAGGAGAUCGAUGAUAUGAUACGCGAGGCCGACUUUGAUGGUGAUGGCAAAAUCAACUACGAAGAGUUUGUUUAUAUGAUAACACAAAAGUAACAUUAUUCAUUAUUAAUUAUUCAUUAUUCAUUAUUCAUUCCAAUUACCAAUUAUGCAAUAGUUCAAAUUAUAGCUGUAACUAACUGAAAAUGUUGCUCAGCUUGUGGCCUCUUUGAUUGCUUGUGGAUCCAAGCUCAAAGUUUUCCAAGCCACAAGCUCAUCAUGAUUAUUAACUAAAACUUAAUUUCGCCCCGCCCAGGUUGUCUUUGGGCUUGGCUUCUUUCUAGUUCUAGCUCA